CUAACCCCCCCCCGCCUCACUCCUCUUCUUCCCAGAGUUUUUUUUUUUCCCACCAUUUUUUUCCUUUUUUAAUGUAGGCUAUUGCAGGCCGGCGCUGUAAUUUUGGAAUCUGCCCUUGUGCAUGGCGGACGAAAAAAUUCCGCACAGAGUGCAGCGACAUAGCCCCCUUUUUUUUUAUUACGAGGCCCGAUCGGACUUCUCUAUUUGGCGCUAUUUGCUAGGAAAUGUAAUGUAAGGUAGAAGAAGCGUUGGAGGGGGGAAACAAAAAAAAACACUGGAGGGAAAUUUCUCACAUUUUGGAAUUUCCUCAUAACUAAUUCACAUUUUUUUUCUUCCUCCGGGGAGGAAGCCGUUGUUGCAGUCACCUCUGGCCGGGGAGGGAGGAUUUUCCUUGGACUGUUUUCGCAUGAGCUACAUCGCUUUUGGAGAUCUUGACAGCUGAAAAGGAGAUAGCGUUUCAUCAAAAGGAUUUUCUUCCGGAUCUGAAAGAAGAAAAUGUAAGAACGUCCGACUAGAGCACAACAAAUUACAAGGCGAUCUGAUGAGAUCUGACAGAGGUAGAGGCCUCUGAACAUGUUAAGAGUCCAGGGUCAGAGGAGGCGGGAGUCAUGAGUGCACCAGAGGCGGGAGUCAUGAGUGCACCAGAGGCGGGAGUCAUGAGUGCACCAGAGGCGGGAGUUAUGAGUGCACCAGAGGCACCCAAUCCCGGCAAGGAGCAAGGGAGUGACGGGAGCAACGGAACACCCUCGACAUCCACUGCCACAGACAACAGGGGUGCCAGUUCGCCUCCGGUCACGAUAAAGAAGGAGCCCGAGACCGCGGAGACGAGCAAUGGCAGCAUCGGAGACGCUCUCAACCCGGCAGAGAUCUGCGUCGUCAUCGGGGGGAGCGACCCUAAAGCCAGCGGAGGCGGAUCACGUAGAGCUCAGUCGGAGGGUAUGUUUGCCCUUGGUACACCUCCUCCAACGAAGAGCACAGAUUCGUGCAUAGGUUCCUAUGUAUGUGGAGUCUGUGGGAAGAAGUACAAGUACUACAACUGCUUUCAGACCCAUGUCAGGGCACACAGAGAAUCUGAGAGCAUGGUUGCAGAUCUACAACCAACACCUAACAGUGGCUUCCGUUACUCCUGUGACAUCUGCGGCAAGAAGUAUAAAUACUACAGCUGCUUCCAGGAACACCGUGACCUGCACGCAGUGGAUGAUCCAUAUGAGCAGGUUGUGCUACCUAUCGACGGCCUUAAAGAAGAGGAGCCAAUUGAACCCUACCAUAAAAUUGGACCAAAAACGGGGAGCUUUGUUUGCGAGUUCUGUGGGAAGCAGUACAAAUAUUUCAACCCAUACCAGGAGCACGUUGCCCUUCACACACCAAUGAGUUCCUUUGAUCUGAAGACAUCGCGGGUGCAGGAGUGUGGCAGCCUGGACAUGAGUAAAUUUGGCCACAGCCAAACCGACAGGAUAAAAAACGUUCACUUCAGACGGAAAUUGGAGAACGCAUUACAAUCGAGUCUGGUGGACACAAACAGUUCGCAGAACUCAAGUGGAACUCCGAGCCCUCUGGUGGCUACUUCCUUCUCUACACCUCAGAAACCCUACACUUGUGGUGCCUGUGGCAUCCAGUUCCAGUUCUACAACAACCUGCUGGAGCACAUGCAGUCCCACGCUGCCGACAUCGAGAACCACACCAAAGGCAACUCUCCAAAAACCUCCUUAGCUUCGGGUCCUCAGGAGCAGCUGUGGAGAGCAUCUCCGGCUCAGGCCGCCCACCCCUCAGUCAAACUACAGAUCCAACCUCAAAUCGUGCCCCAGAGAAACCACAGUGUCAGCCAGAACAACGGCCUACCUGAGAAGGAGCGCCUACAAGUGGCCGAGCGUCUCUUACGGGUAAUGUGCUCCGAUCUCAACAUGCUCAAUGUGCUCAACAGCAAGGACUUCCUCAAGCUGGCACAAACGCUGGUGGACACGGGGGCUCGUCAUGGAGCCUACUCCACCCGCGACGCCCUGGGCAAUAUGAGUGCCUUGGCGCUGCGCCAGCUGCCUCGCAUGUACAACCAAGUGAAAGUGAAGGUCACGUGCGCCCUCGGCUCCAACGCCUCACUGGGCAUCGCCGUGACGUGCCACUCUCAGACGUCGGGCCCAGAUGCCUGCUAUGUUCUCACAGCCUAUCAGGUGGAGGGCUCGAGACUGAAACGUUACGUUCUUGGCGUAAGGGAGGCGGAGCUGAGGGAGGGGCCGGAGCAGAUCCACCACUGGGUCCAGAAUGUGCUAUCCGAGUUUGUCAUGUCAGAUAUUCGCACUGUGUACGUGGCAGAGCCCCGCGUGUGGGCCGCCGGAUUCGGGGCUUCCUCGCUUGGAGGCGGCGGACGCGGGAGGAUCUGCUUGCGCUGCGCAGGGUGCUCGCUUGGUGCCGUUGUCCAGGCCGUCUUGGGGAAGCGUAGCCUCCAGGCUCGAGGGCUCCACGAGCUGGCCGAGCUGCUGGCCACGUGCAGAGACAUCUCCUCCACCGCCACACUGGGCCUCAGCGAGGAGCAGGGCACCAACACCUCCACAAGCUCCACAGAGGACGCAGCACAGGGCGGCCCCAGCCAGUGCCCCACCCCUCCCUGCUGGGAUCGUUCGGCUGAGGCUCUCCUGCAGGUCCACUCCCACUUCGAACAGAUCUGCGAGACGUACGGGCGCAACAAGUCUACGGCUCCUCUCCUCCAGGGCCUCAACAAGCACUUGUUAGGAACGCUCACUUGUCUGCUGGCUCCUCUGCGCCUGGCAGCCCUGGAGCUCAGCAGUCAAAGGAGGCCGACAUUGCAGCAGGUACUUCCUGUCUACCUUCGCCUGGAAAAGUUUUUCACAUCCAAAGCUGGAGAAGCUGGAACGGGCGUGGCUAGCAAACUCUGUCACUACUUCCUGGAAGCACUCAAGGAGAACUUCAAGGUUGAGCGAGCCCACCAAGUGGCAAUGGUCUUGGAUCCUCAGCUCAAGCUCCGUUUGGUCCCGACUUAUCAACACGAGGAUAUCAUCUCUCGAGCGUGCGAACUUGCUGCUGAAUCCAGGGACGGGUGUAUAACCAGCACCAGCGGCUCGUGCGGCGAGGAACGGGACACUGACGGCCCACCGAUGCCUAAAAUAACCCGCGUGGAGGGCGCCGGCAACAACGGCGGCACCGCCAUGGCGUCAGUGUCAGCUAACGACGAGAGUCAAAGCAAAGUCCGGCAGGAGAUCUUCCAGUACCUGGCGGAGCCUCUGCUCCAGGGGACCACCGAUCUCUUCCAGUACUGGAGCUCCAUUGUGGGCGACAAGUUCCCCAGGCUGUCCCGCCUGGCGCUGUGGCUCCUAGCUGUGCCCGCCGUGGGCAUACGCAGCGAAUGCGUGAUGGUGUGCGAGCAAAGCCUGGCCAUGAAAAGGAGGCAGCAGGUAACCGCUGAAGAAAUGAACAAACUCAUUUUCCUUCGCUCUAACAUGGGCUAACCAACCAAACCUUGACCCCCUCCAACCCUGAGCUAGGGACUUUUAUUUAAUUAGGCUUAGAUCGGGUGUAAAGGUAUAGAUGUGUACGUGCUAGGUUGCAAGCAGCUGUAACAACACGGCUUUUCACGUUCUGUAUUUCACACGGAGAUGUUCAGCAUAUCGGUAACUCCAAUCAUUGUCUAGCCUAAAAACGAAACCGCUUUAAAGGCUACAUGCUGUUAUGGGACGGCGGGGAAGGUCAGUAAACCUCAACAAUACUGUAGAAGAAAAUAGUCUGAAUAUUCACUGCCUUUCGCGAGAUCUGUUUGGAAUUCUCUUCAACCUCAACGAAACCUGCUAAACCUUUUUUUCCUUCAAAAGGGUUAAAAGCACACAUUACAAGCUAGUCUGGAUUUACACUGCAGUUUGAAGUCAACACUUUUUUUGUUUGUUUUAAACAAACCACGUUAAACAGAUUCAAAGUUUUAUGUUUACUUUGCUUGGGCUGCAUUUGGUUAAAAAAAAUCAUAAUAUGAUUUUUUUCUACAUUUAAAACACGUUCUUGUGUAAUGGUGGUUCUUUGGUCAAAAUGUUGCAUUUGAUUAUGUUUUACAGACCAUCUUCAAGCCGCUUUUUGGUCGUCUCUUCAGAAUGCGCCUUUUUGUGGGGGGUCUUAUUUACGUACUUCCACUUUGACAACGUCUUCUCCCCGAUAGCCAUGUUGCAGUUUUUAGUGCUUUCAAAGGGAGUCUACUGGCAGAUCUAAGUUAGAACUAUACACUACUUUAAAUUACAAAUGGCAACAGGAGUGGAUGAACGACUCACAACAAGAGGAUUGAGGAAAAAAAAGCGCUUAUUGACUACAACUUUGGACUAAAAUGACGGACUCGCGCAAAGCUCUUCGGGCAAAUCUCCACCAUAUAUGGAGAUUUUAGCUGACUUUACAAUUGGUAAAAAAGGCCCAAAUUGGGAAAAUUCCAAAUGGGUAGUUUAAAAAUCUCCGCCAUGCCUCCAUGGUUUGAUUUCAAAUGUUCGAGAUAGUCAGAUCCCGAAUACACAAAAUCAGAUUCCGUUGCGUAAGAAAAGUUGGUUUUGCGUAAUAGGUCCUCUUUAAAUCUGGGGUGUCCAAACAUUUUCUUACUUAUACUGACAAAUUGAAGGGUUAUUUUGAUGAAACGUUUAAAUCAAUCCUAGGUUAUGCUAUCUUUUAUUCCUGUGUUUUUUUUAUUUGAUCUUUUUAGAUAGGAUGCGUUUCAGAAAUGGCAUGCCGCCCUUUGAACGCCGAUGAUUUAAACAAAGUCAGUCAUUACAGUCGUGCUUCAAAUAUUGUGGCUCACUACAGCUUGCAAGUGUUUUGUAUUUUUGAAUUUUUCAAACAUAAAAACGGCUAGAUAAACUUAAGAAUAUCGAUAUUGCACUAGUAUUGGCCACUAGAGGAGACUGAACCAAUCAAAGUGCGCUGUUCCAUAUCAUGACCACUGAUUGGCUCAGCUUCAGGCAGCAUGACUAUAUUGGAUUCAAAGAGUUUAAAGAUGACCAAAGGGUGUUAUUUACUGUCUGGAGCUCUCAUGAUGUUGAAAACCGUAUUUAGAAGGCCGCAAACAAGUUUUUUAUGCUAUACCUAUGAAAAUAUUGGCUUUAUAUUAAAUAAUUCGUACUUAAACGGAAAUUAAUUAAUCGCGGUCAUGUCUGCAACCAAUCAACCGCAUUUAAUGAGAGACAACUAUACAACGUUUUCACCUAAUUUAUAGUCUGUAAUGUACGGUAUUUAGACUGAAUUGAAUGGCUUAUGCUUUUGCAGCAGUUUUAAUUUACCCCAGGUGUUUUUUUCUUUAUAUUCAUGGGUGUUUUUUGUUGCUUUACCGUAUUCCGAUGAUGUCCGGUUUACAUUGACAGGUUCAAUCAGACAAUGCGUAUACAUCUUAUUCCUGCAAAGACAAUUUGUUUUCCAGACCCGUACUGGAAAUAUACCAGAAAUCGGGAUUGUGUGACUUGAACCAUGUAGUGUAAAUCCAGCCUUACACUUUUAUAAAAACCUAUCCAAUUAUCUUUUUUCCCCCCGUUACCUCGUCACAUGUGCACGUCACACACAAGCUUGGCUUGCACAGAAAAGAAACACUUUGCGUGUCAUUUUCGCGUCAAAACUUGUAAUAUAUUAAAACCACACUGCAGUUUUAGCAAGCUAAUAAUUGUUAAUUUGAACUCGAACCAGUAACAUUACUUGAGCUACCGUAACUUUCUUUUCACCUACUCUACUCGUAGAAACCUUGUAGUUGUUUGUCCUCAAACAUAGUCUUCCUUAAGUAAGCCUCACAUGUUGAUAUAUCACUGCAAUAAGCUACAUUGUGUCACACACGGCACGCGACCGAAUCUUCUAAAACUCGACUGUUGGCCGUCACGCUGCUACUGCUGACUAUCGCGUUAUUUUUUGGAAAUCAAAACGCGGAAAUCUUUCUCAGGAACGAGUUUUUCGCCAGCUCUUUGGUCCCCUGACUUUCAUUACUGGACAUUUGUGACAAACACAAAUGGUGGUUCCAGCAUGAGACAGAAGUUAGGUCAACACGAAUGAAGUCAAGUUAAAUAGAUUCUAACGUACAUGUCUUGCAGGCUCAUACCUCCUUAAAUGGCUCGGAAGAAGGGUUAAUUUGGUUCCUAAUGGCUUUAAAUCCUUUAUUUCCUCAUGUUUAACCCAACAAGUAACCACAAAAACAUGCCUUGAUGUUGGUAAUUCAUUGCCUUUUCAGCAGCAUCCAUUUAUUUUUUGCUAAAAGCAGGUUGCCACUGACUGGGAAACAGCCCCCUCUAGUGGUCAAAUGUAGGCCUGCAACAUGAACACCUGUAUUUACUUGAUAAGUGUUUUUUUUAAUGCCUGUGGUGUUACUUAAUAAGACACACAUCUGGAUUUAUUUUAUGUUUAAAUAUUGGAACAAUCUCAAAAAUAUUUGGGUGUAUCCCGCUGACAAUACACAUCCAUUUUUGUUUUACUAUUAAUAUUCAUGAAUGUUUUAUUUAGAUUGUAGGUUACUAAAAUGUACACUGAUUUUUUACCAUUCAAUAUUUGAAUAUGUAUUUUUCAAUCAUGUCAUGUUAAACUUUUGCCAUUUAAUAUGAGCACGAUUUUGUGGUUAGGGAUGGGCAUUUGACUUAAGUUCCUUGAUUAGACAACUAGAAAAUGAGUAAAUAAAAAACAAAAAAAUAUUAUGUUUGAUAAUUUUAGAUAGGAAAACAAUACUGAGGUUGGUAUUUUUCGCCACACAAAUACCUUUUUUUUUAGGUGUAUUACCACAUAAAACACGAGUUAAAACUGAACCAACAGCGCCCCGGCUGGUUGCAGCCAAGCAGUGCACUCAAAUUAUGACACUUCCUUGAAUUAAUCGACACAAUCGAUUAUUUUUUUUUGUGAUUAUUUGCAUUCUGAAGAUCACUGAUCUUUUGAGUCGUUUCAAAUAUUUUGUAGAUAUUAUGACAAGCGGUAGAAAAUGGAUGAAUGGAUAGUACAAAAAAAAUUUGCCGAUAUAAAAAAAAAAAAAAGCUUUGGUUUGAUCUAAAAGAAACCAAAUCAAGUUAAAAACCUUUUUUUUUCUGCUUUGAAGAAAUAGAUGAAGGGAUUUCUAAUUGUGUUUUUAAAUAAUGUAUUUUAAAUAGGAUAUGCUCUGGGACAAAAUGCCAGCGUCACCCAAGAAUGAGCGUCCAUCGCGUUGCUUCUACGAAAAUUCUAUCUUAAGCUAAUUAUGCAUGCUUUUAUUAAUUAGAGUAAUGAUUCUAUUAUAAAGUUCAAAGCCAGUGUGUUUUUUUAUUUUUUUUCAUGUCUGACGACUGAAUUCGAACCUCUCGGUGGAGGUAGGCGAGGUACUGCUGAGCACGUUGACAUUAUCCAUUUUUUUUUCCGAGGAUGUAUUAUUAUGUACAGUACAUACAGGAGAACUGCUGUUUUUAUGCCACAAGGGGGCGCCGUCAUUUCAGAGACACAGUAGGGAGCACCGGUGAUAACAUUAUACCUCUUUUUUCUACAGUAGCAUUUAAACAAAAAUAAGGUUUUUGAUAUGAUAGAAGAAUAACACAACUUAAAUACUGUUAGCCAAUGGGAAUCCUCUAAGUUUUAUUCUUUGUCAGGAUUUUAACUUAUUUAAACUUCAACUGUACAAACAACUAUAGUAUGCUAACAUGGAGAUGUUUUCAUCAUGCAUUAUCGAAUCAGGUUAAGAAACGUGUGUUGCUUUUUAUUCUACUUUACAGGCAUUUCUUCUUUAAUCUACUGUUUAACGCCACAUGAUUUCUCUCUUUUCUUUGUUUUAUUUUUGCCGACUCCUGUGUAGAUUCCGAUCUGAGUUGUCUUAUUAGUAAGCCUAAUUUAUACUUUUGUAGCAACACUAUUUUUAUAUAAUGGCAAAGAAACGAGUUUCACUGUCGUCUUUUGUUGGUUUUGUGUCAUUCUAAUGGCAGCGCUGUUCAAAGGUUUCUGAACUACAUUACCCACUGUAGUAUUUAAUGUGUGAAUAAACUCCUAAUCUGUGUCAACGUUGCGGUGUGCAUCAUGUUAGAGCAGGCCUGGGCAAUUAUUUUGACUCGGGGGGCCACAUUUAGAGAAACAAAUGUGUCUGGGGGCCGGUAUAUCUAAUUUUAGGAACACUAAUACAAAACCUCACAAUAAUGUCUGAUUGAAUGCUAAAAACGUUAUGACAGACCGCCUUAAAAAACUUAAUGGAAUUUUAAUUUUUUCUAUGAACGAUAAAACACUGAAUAUUGACAAAAUAGGAACGUCACACCUCCUUUCGAUCGACAUAUUUUACAAUCAAGUGAAAUGCAACAAACAGUGAAAUAUGAACGCGAAGGGUCCAAAAUAAA